AUGGAGUUGGGAAAGGCAAAACUUCUAAGAACUGGCCUUAAUGCCUUGUAUCAGGCCAUACAUCCUGUGCAUGGAAUUGCCUGGACAGAUGGGAAGCAAGUGGCACUGACUGCUUUACAUUUUCAUCAUGGAGAACUCAAGUUUGGUGACUCAAGUGUAAUUGGUCAGUUUGAACAUGUUCAUGGACUUUACUGGGGCUCAUGUUGUGCUGCAGACACACCAGCUCUGCUUGCUGUUCAGCAUAAAAAACAUGUCACUGUUUGGCAGCUGAGCUAUAACAUUUUGGAAAAGAAAAAGCUCCUGGUUUCUCAAACUUGUGAAAUGGGUGAGCCAUUCCCAAUGCUUCCCCAGGGCUGUGUGUGGCAUCCCAAGAAGGAUAUUUUGGCUGUGCUUACUAAACGGGACGCCUCGGUUUUACACGCUGUUCGUUCUGAUAAUUCCAGGGUUAAGGCGGAUAUCAAAAGCAGUGGUCUCAUCCACUGUGCUUGCUGGACUAAAGAUGGUAAUCGCUUAGUGGUUGCUAUAGGCACUGCCCUUCAUUCCUACAUAUGGGAUGAUGCUCAGAAAGCUUUAAAUGCUUGCUUCUUUUGCCCAAUAUUUGAUGUGGGUGGUUAUAUCUGUGCUAUAGAAGCUACUUUAGAUUUCCAAAUUGCUGUAGCCACAGAGCUUCCAUUAGAUAAGAUCUGCGGCUUAAAUGCAGGCAUUACUUUUGAUGUGCCAUCUGGUACUGAAACAGGUUCUUUAACUUCACAGUCUACUCUGGCACUUGGGGAUGAGGAAUACUCCAUGGACCUAAGAAGAAAAUCAAUAGAUUCAGAAAAAUCAGUGGCUGUUGAUUCAGUAGCUUCUUCUUCAUCAGGUCCUGUGGAUUUGACCCAUAUCCUUACAAACCAUCGGAGAUCUGAUCCCAGUCCUCUCAUUCCUCUGAGACGCAAGGACUAUGUCCCAGGAAACAAUCAAGACUCUUCAUACCUGAUCUUGGUGACUUUUGAGAGAAAGGUAACGACCACCCGAAAAGUCAGCAUCCCAGGCAUUCUGGUCCCUGAUAUAAUAGCUUUUGACCCUAGAGCUCAGAUUGUGGCAGUAGCUUCCAAUACUUGUAACAUUGUUUUGGUUUAUUCGGUAACCUCUUCCUGCAUGCCCAAUAUUCAACAAAUCCAAUUGGAGAAAAGUGAAAGACCGAAGGGUUUGUGCUUCUUGACAGAUAAACUCUUGUUGAUUUUGAUUGGAAAGCAGAAAUUCACUGACCCUGCUCUCAUUCCAUCUUCAAGUUCAGAAAGGUACAUUAUUCGUUUAAUGAUCAAAGAAUUAAUAUUUGAAGAAGAUUUUUCAGCGCCGUUGGAUGCCACCCAGAAUCUGCUUUCUAAUUUUGAAUCCUCCAUAAAUACUCUUGGAAAACGGAAGUUCUUUGAAAAUCUUGCCAUGGAAGAUCAACCCUUGAGCAGGGAGCUGUUAAUACCAGGUAGCACUAUAAUUCAAUCCUCUAGUGGCAGGAGAAGACUUAUAGAAGAAGUGAAGAGUCCCAGUUAUGAACGAAGCUCAUCAUCAAGUGUGAGUGACCUUGAUGAAAAAAGGGUCUCCGGUGACCCAUCCAUUGCUUUGGAAACGUUGGAUGCUGAGCCAAUUAAUCGGUCAGUGGCCCUCUUUGGACUUGGUACACCAACCAGGUUUUCCAACAGACCAGCUUCUCCUAAAGUGCAGCUGGAUGUGUUUCAAGAAAUUUCUGUUUCUCCUAAAAAUAACAACUUACCAAGUGAAAAAGGAGCAAGUCACAUAUCCAGGAAUCUAGAAAGACUCUGUGGCAGCUUCACUGAGUUACAGCUGCACCUUUCUGAACUAACAGACUCCACUAAAAAUGGAAAGAGGUUAUCUCUAGCAUAUCCAUCUUUUCAGGAGCCACCUUUUGUCCAUAUCACUUAUCAGAAGUAUUUCUCAAAUGGAGCUGUUGCUGAAGAAACAAGAACUGUUCUCCUUUGUGAUGGCAAGAUCCAUCUGAAUUUAGUCCAGCAGCUUUUUGAUCUACCCAUUAUUGAAAUGAAACAUGGUUCUUCUUGGAUUGUUCUCACUGCAGACAGCGAAGGCUUUGUUCCAUUAAUGUUCAAAGCAAAACAAGAGAUAAUCAUAAGGGAUGGAAGUGACAGUUCAGAAGUCUGUGGAAGUCACUCCUGCAAAAACAGCAUGUCUAUACAACCACCAAGCAGUGUGACAUAA